AUGGCCAUAGAACCCCCGAAACCCGCGUCCUAUACCGAUAUUACCGUGAUAGCUCUCACUGCUAUCACUAGUAUUCUAGCUACAGUAGGUACAAUUUACCUGAUUUUCGCCCCUGUCGUCCCAGCUAAUUUUAUUACUGCUGGAGCAAUCCUCGCCACAUUUUUAUUGAUUUUUGGCGUGCUUGGACUGGUGAAAUGGGUGAUGGAUUACUGUCAUGUCAAAUAUGAAACUGGAAGAUUGGAUCGGGUUAGACAUGAAAUGACAGUUGGAUUGGUUGGAGUGUUGACGUGCCUUACGAUCUCGAGUGUUGCGAUUUAUUUUGUUGGAGAUGAUUAUCAUGUGAGUUGA